AUGGCGGCCGCCGCAGAGGCCCGUGCAGCGCUCCGCCGCCUGCUGCGCGCCAUCGACGCGCGCCUGACGCGCGUCGCCGGGAACACACAAUGGCGCGACUAUGCUCUCCGCGAGUUCCGGCGCGGCGGGGCGAAAGCGCAGCGCAACCCGGCAGAGGUGCAGCAGGGGUUGCAGCUGGCAAGGGACUAUGCUGAGCUCAUUGACAACAUACACCACCACCGGGAGCUACUGAGGAGCUAUAACCUGGGCCUGGACGGAGACGAGCGCAACAAGCGCAUGGUGGAGGCCACUGCGCGGCGCGUUGGUUUCGCGAUGCCGAACGAGGAGAAGCCGCCCCCACGGCGCAAGGGCGGUGCGGCGGGCCAGGGGCAGCUGCACGUGGCGGCUGGGGGGCAGGAGGGAGCGGCUAGCGGCGAGGGCUGGCAGCAGCAGCAGCAGCAGCAGCAGCAGCAGCAGCAGCAGCAGCAGCAGGAGGCAGCGUUGCAACAGCAGCCAGAACCGUCACCACAACAGCAGCAAGCUGCACCUGACGUUGGCACUGACGGCGGGACACCGCGCGCGGCGGCGGUUGGAUAA